CGCGCGCAGGGAAUCAUGUUUCCGCGCGCAGGGAAUCAUGUUUUCUGCGCGCAGGGAAUCAGGUUUCUUUGAGGGAGGAGUCGGCUUUAUGAAUUGAGACAAGGAAAUCAGUAAAUCGUCAUAAACAGAAGAAAAAUGGCUACUUGUAUACAUUUUUUCAUUAUAGUAUUGUGCGCUAUCUGUUCCGUUACUGACAAUAUCGAGGAUCUGAAUUUAUAUUUUUUGGAGCUGGAUGACUGUUUAGAACAAGUUCAACAGGCAUUAGAUACUAAUGAUUUUAAUACAUUUGACCAUCUACAUCGUUUACUCGAAGAACAUGUAAGGAUUUUGUCAACUUUAGCAUCCGUCCUGGACAGUUGUGAAGGAGUGGAUCAAGUAUGUUUGCUGAUAAAUAGAUUAUUUGACGCUGUGAGGACAGUGUAUGGUGAAGUUGACCAAAGAUUGGCUCCUCGAUCCCAAUUUGAAUUUCUUUUCAACAGCCCCCUUGAAAGCACAAGAGGUCGCCCAAGAUACUGCAUAACCAAAGAUCAACUACAGCAACUACGUGCAGCAGGAAUGCCAUGGUGUUCAAUUGCAGCUUGCCUCUGCAUAAGUGAGCGGACACUGUUUCGCAGAAGGCAGCAAUAUGGAAUGACAGGAGAAAAUUAUGCCAACAUCUCAAAUAGUGAACUGGAUAAUAUUAUAAGGGAAAUCCUGAGAGAAACGCCGAAUGCAGGAGGCAACUAUGUUCAAGGUGGUGUCCUAGCCAGAGGAUUAAGAGUUCAGAGAAGGAGAAUUAGAGAUCGAUUAAAUGCCCUGGACCCAGUUGGCAGAGCCCUUAGAAGACGGCAUACAAUUAGAAGGAGAAUAUAUAAUGUCAGAGGACCUAAUCAUUUAUGGCACAUUGAUUCAAAUCACAAGCUUAUUUCAUGGAGAUUUGUGUACCAUGGAUGCAUUGAUGGUUACAGUAGAAUGAUUAUAUACCUGACAUGCUGUACAAACAAUUGUGCAGCUACUGUUUUGCAUUUCUUUGAAGAGGGUGUAUCAAGGUAUGGGUUACCACUGAGAGUUAGAGGGGAUCGAGGUGGUGAAAACAUUGAUGUUGCUAGAUACAUGAUUAUGAGCCGUGGCAGAAACAGAGGAAGUUUUAUUGCAGGCAGAAGUGUUCACAACCAGAGAAUAGAGCGUCUUUGGGGUGAAGUGAACAGAGUGGUUUCUGAGUUUUAUAGGCAAUUGUUUAUGUACAUGGAAAACAUUGGAAUCUUAGAUUCUACAAAUGAAGUUGAUUUAUGUGCAUUACACUUUGUUUACAUUCCAAGAAUAGGAAAUUCUGUGCAAGAAUUCACUCGCCAGUGGAAUUACCAUCGACUUAGCACUGUUCAGUCAAUGUCUCCCUUAGCAUUAUGGCAUUCUGGAAUACUUUCAAAUCUUACUACAGUAAAUUCACAAGAUCUUCUGAGUGGCAUAGAUAAUUAUGGAAUUGACCAUGCAGGCCCAAUUACAGCAAAUGAGGCAGACACAUACAUUCAUGUUCCACAUAAUACAGUACAAAUGAGCGCUGAAAACCACAGGGAGCUUCUGUCGCUUUGUGAUCCAUUAUCAGAUGAUGACAAUAGUGGUAUUAAUCAUUAUUUAUUUGUUUUGGAUUAUGUGAUAAACAACGUUAGAUAGUGUUGUAUACAAAUACUUACGUUCCAACUCAAUUAAUUGCAAAAACUAUGUUGUUGUAUCACUCCCGAUGCUACAUAUGUGGGUGGAUACUCAUCCCCCUGUCCCUUUUAAGUUGGGUUAGUAGCCUGUCCAGGUCAAAAGCUUCAAUCCCCAUAGUUCCUAGCAAACCUCCUUUGUUUGUCCUCUUUCUUUCUUCUUCCUUUUUCCAAUAACAAUUCCUUUCUGUUAUCUUCAACUCCAUCUCUGCCACAUCUCUCUCCUCUACCUCUGAUCACUUACAACCAUCUGCUAAUGCUGUGCAUGCAAACCUUUCCUCUAGUCUUAUUCUUGAUUUUUCGCCAGCCUUCAACACCGUGGAUCAUUCUGUUCUCUCUACCACUCUGUCUAAUCCUGGUAUUUCUGGUACACCUUUGUCUUGGAUUCAAUCUUACCUCUGUUAACGCACUACUGUGGUUUCUCUUUUCUCUUCUUGCCCCUUCCCCCCCUCCUUCACUGGAACAGGCUCCCCCUUAAUAUUAAUCAGUCUCCCAACCCAAUGACAUUCCGUUCCUCCCUCAAACCCACCUAUUUUCUGUGGCCUACCCUAAUUCACCUCCGAAUCCUUCCAUACCAUCUUUCCAAUUAGAUUUGUUGUUGUCUUUUUGUUUGUCUAUUGUCCUCUCCUGCCCUUCCCAGCAUUCAUUUAUUUACAUAUUUGUCAGUUUCCUUUGUUUAAUACAAUUUUCAUUUAUCCUAUACUGUACUGUUACACUUUGUAAAGCACUUUGAUAAAAGCGCUAUAUAAAUAUCAAUAAAUAAAUAAAUACAUAAUUGGCCCACUUAAGUAAUUUAGAGCACACCCCUGCUUGUCAGGUUUUUUUUUCAAAACCAUUAUUAAACAUUCAAUUUUGUGUUAUGACUAAUAAUAAAAAGUAGUGCUGAGCCAAAUAUAUUUAAUACAAAUAAUAUUUAAUAUAAAUAAAUUUGCAUUUGCCAUGGAAAUAAUAAAUGAUCAAAUCAGUUGCCCAUUUAGUGUUUGUUGUUUGA